AUGCUCUCGAGAACAGUCCGUGCAGUGUCCUGCCGAGCUCUGGCAACCUCGCUGCGGCCGACCACCGCUCCCGUGACUCGACAGAUCUCUCCUCAGGUCGCUCAACCACAGAGGCGGUAUUACCACGAGAAGGUCCUUGAUCAUUAUUCGCGCCCUCGGAAUGUUGGCACAUUAGACAAGUCGGAUAAGUCCGUGGGCGAAGGCUUGGUGGGAGCGCCGGCCUGUGGCGAUGUCAUGCGGCUUCACAUCAAGGUCGACCCUGAGACACAGGUUAUCAGCGACGUCAGGUUCAAGACGUUUGGCUGCGGCUCUGCGAUCGCUUCUUCCAGCUAUCUUACCGAGCUCGUCCGCGGCAUGACGCUCGAGCAAGCCGCCAAAGUCAAGAACACCGAGAUCGCCAAGGAACUGUGCCUUCCACCUGUCAAGCUCCACUGCAGCAUGCUUGCCGAGGACGCCAUCAAGUCGGCCAUUAACAACUACUACAAGAAGAAUCCUGACGUGAAACCCACCAGCUUGGCAGGGAGGGAGGCAAAGCUGGAGACGGCGACGGCAUAA